GUAGUGCGCGGCAGCAUUUUAUGGUUAUUGGAAAGAGGCUCUCAUGUCCUCUCUUAAGUUUCUCUCUGGUAUAGUGAUCUGCGAUGUAUUGUGUAUUCCUAGAAUUAGCUGUAUAAGAUACUCGAUAGCAGAUGAUCGUUAUGUUUGAUAACACGACAGAUCAGUCAUCGUAAACAUCCGUGAUUAGAACGCAUUCAGUUUUUGUUUAAUCGCCCCAUUAAUCUCGAACAGAUUGAAUGAAAAUACUCAGAUUUGCACGGUUCGAGGAAAAAUGGAUGACGAAAAUGCAAGCUGCUCGUAUGACAGCAAGGAUGAUGCACAACUGUCACUGCUUGAUCUUCCGGUCGAGAUAUUUCUGCAUAUAUGCUCCUUUUUAGAGUCGUCGACAUUAGUACAUGGUUUGAGCCUAGUGUGUAAACAGUUCUACUUGAUUUUGAAGGAUGAUUCAUUGUGGAAAGCGCGAAUUAAUCAUAUAUGGCCAGAUACUAGCUACCCACUCUUGCGUCCUGCGAGACUCGACAAACUGUUUUGGAAAUUGUCAUGUGUUGCGAUCGAGAAACAAACAGUCCUAUGGAAGGGUUCCGUAGCGGAGAAACUUAUAAUUGCUAAUGCACAGUACAGCACAGUGGAUGCUCUGUUACUGAUGCACAAUGGAACCGUAUGUAUAGCUGGUGCGAGAGAUCGCACCCUGCUUUACUGGAAAAUUCCCUCACCUGAGAAACCACCCUCUUCCGAAAAUGGGAACACUGUCUGCACAAAUUCCGCGCAUAACGGAUGGAUCUGGGAUCUGACGGCGAUAGAUAACACGGUCUACAGUUGCAGCUGGGAUCAGAGCGUCAAGUCAUGGAGGUUAAUCAACACUGGUCUCGUCAAGCUGAAAACUUACGAGAUGAGCACUGCGUCAGGUGCACUGCUGUGCAUGUCGUCGUGUCCAGAGCAGGCCCUCUUUGCAACCGGCUCGUACAGCAGGACCAUAUUUAUGUUCGAUUCGAGAUCAGGACACAAACCGAUCAGGCAGUAUCGACCGCACACCGGAGCUGUGAUUAAGCUGGUCAUGAACUCGGAAUACAUCUUGUCCGCCAGCGAGGAUAAAACGGUGUCCGUUUGGGAUCAAAGAGCUGGACGGACCAUGAAGUCUAUCACAAUUUCAGGCAAAGCGUUCCCCAUGUGUAUGAGCAUGCAACGGGAUUGUGUUUGUGUGGGGGACAGUAAUGCGAAGUUGCACGUGCUAAAUCCAAAGAAUGAUUUCGAGUUAGUGAAAUCUUAUUCUACCAAACAUACGAAAGGGAUAACAGGGGUGCAUCUGACGCACGGAUGUCUGAUAACGAGCUCCAAGGAUGGCACUGUCAGAAUUUCAAGCCCUACGGAUCCACCGAAGCCUAUUACUACUUUCCUUUCGGGAUUCGGAGAGAUCGCCAGCAUGGAUUAUCUGAAUGGCAUUCUCGCGAUAUCUGGCAUCGAUGUCGCGGUGUGGCAACCAAAGUUGUCGUUUUCAACGAGACAUCAGUGAACGGAAAUGAUUCAGAAUUUCUAUACGUGUUCUAUAGCUAUUCUAAAGCUAUCCUAUAGCUGUUCUGAAGCUAUUCUAAAGCUUUGAGAAAGAGAUAUAUAUAUGUAUAAUAUAUUCUUAAUUUUUAUUAAGAUACUAUUCUAACGUGCUCUCUUAACAUAGAAUGUAAUAUAUAUCGUUUUGCGAAAGCAGAAAUACGUUGUUUCGUUGAAAAUUCGUUUUAGUAAAAGCUUCACUAACAUCACUUAUAAUUAUAAGUUGAGCUUCAUUAACAUCGCUUAUAAUUAUAAGCUGAUAAUGAUAGCUACAAUUAUAACAUCGAGCCU